GGCAGCAAGCAAUAGCCGGCGCCAAUAUUCGUUGUGUUCUCUUCUUCCCUUGAGAGAACCACAUCAUUCUUUCCAUUUUAAUCUCUCUCACUUCCACCUAUUUAUAACAAUUAUCUAGCCGAUAAUACAUCCACUUUCGUUAAAUUCCCAUGAUUCCCCCCUCCUAGCUUUUAAGCCUUGCGUUUCCACUGAAAUUUUUGAACAUCCGGAGGAGCCAAUUCUUGAUGAUGAUUACCGAGAAUACCGGGUUUUCCUCUCCAAGAAGUGAUGCCUUUCCUGCAGGUCUGCGGGUUCUCGUGGUCGAUGAUGAUCCUACUUGGCUCAAAAUUCUUGAGAAAAUGCUCAAGAAGUGUUCCUACGAAGUGACAACAUGUGGGCUAGCAAGAGAUGCCUUGAACCUGCUUCGAGAAAGAAAAGAUGGAUUCGACAUUGUUAUCAGUGAUGUUAACAUGCCUGACAUGGAUGGUUUUAAGCUUCUGGAGCAUGUUGGACUGGAAAUGGAUCUUCCUGUCAUAAUGAUGUCUGUUGAUGGAGAAACAAGCAGGGUGAUGAAAGGUGUCCAACAUGGUGCAUGUGAUUAUCUUCUUAAGCCAAUAAGAAUGAAAGAACUUCGAAACAUAUGGCAGCAUGUCUUCAGAAAAAGGAUACACGAGGUCAGAGAUAUUGAAUUUCAUGAAGGCAUUGACGAAAUCCAUUUGAUGAAAAAUGGCUCUGAUCUGUCUGAGGACAGACACUUGCCUUCUGGAAUUGAUUCAUUUUCAGGGAAAAAAAGAAAAGAAGCUGAAAAGCAUGACGACAGAGAAUGCAAUGAUCCUUCAUCUGUUAAGAAAGCUAGAGUAGUUUGGACGGUAGACCUUCAUCAGAAAUUUGUCAAAGCUGUGAAUCAGAUUGGUUUUGAUAAAGUUGGUCCCAAGAAAAUACUAGACUUAAUGGGUGUUCCAUGGUUAACAAGAGAAAAUGUAGCCAGCCACUUACAGAAGUAUCGGCUUUACCUUGGAAGAUUGCAGAAAGAGAAAGAGCUAACAACCUCCUUUGGAGGGAUGAAAGACUCAGAUAUCUCUGCAAAGGAACCUAACGGCAAUCACUGCCUUCAUGAUUUAGUCAAUAAGCAACAGUGUGAUCUUGCAAGUGGCAGUUAUAAUAUUCAGGGAAACAAGAACAUGAUUCAAAAUGUUGAUUUGAAAAUGCACGAGGCAGAUCUGAAGUGUACGGUUCCAAAGCCAAUGGAAGAGCCCAAGAAAGCUAUAGAUGGAGAGAGUUCUUAUCCUCAAAAGAGCAGCAGUAAAAAGAUGAGCCUCAAUCACUCUUUUGGCCAAUUUGAUUCAGAUUUGGAAUUUGCUGCUGUGAUCCCCAAACAGUAUCCCUGGAAUGAAGAAACCUCACAAGCUCAAUUCAGUCGAGAACGCAAGCCACAUUUCCAGCCAAAGAGGGGGUUUAAUACUUUGCCACCGACUUGUCUUCCCGAAAAUAUCCAACUCGAUUGUGUACAACCCAGUUCCUCUCCAAAUUCUAGACCUUCUAGCAUCGAUAGAGAUAAACUAGCAGAGGCUGAAAUGAAGCCUGCCUACGUGAAGAAUAGAAGCCAGGGAAUUGAACAGUUGUCUCCUGCAGGAUGCGAUGCUGACCUUUUCUCUGCUCAACCGGGGAGCAAAUUAACAAACAAUCAAGCUUUUAAGCCAACGCAAAGUGCUGUGUGGAGCAUGAACAACCAUAGCUUGGAUGAGAUUCUUGAAGGUGGCAUGGAAUCUGCAGGGAGAAGCCUAAAUUUUGCUAGUGGAACAGAUUAUACAUCUUGGGAUGAGAAUGUCCAUAGUGGCUCCCUUCAAGGUGAUUUUCAACCGGUGAGUACUGGUCCUCAGGGUAUAGAAUUUCUUAACUACAGUGAACCAGAGCUCACUACUGAAGUUCCAACCUUCUUGUACGAUUCACUGAAGUUUGACUCUGAGUAUCCUUUUGAUUCAAUGGAAUAUCCAGUCAUAGAUCAAGGACUAUUCAUAGUGUGAUCUGAACUCAAGGCACCUCAUCUUGUAAGAAGAAUGCUGUAUUGCUCUUGCCGAUCUAGUGCACUGGCGUGUAAAGCGCCUUGAAAUUUAACUGGAGUGUAAAAGCCUCCUGCCCAAUUUGAUGAACAUGAUGUCGAUCCAUCGUAUUAUGAUAUUGGUAGUAUAUCAUGCAUAACAAAGCUUACGCUUCUUUCAAUUUUA